GAUAUGGAGGGGGAGGUUUCGAUGGGCCUCAGGACGACUUUGGUGGUGGUGGUGGAGACUUCUUCUAGGUCUGCGAGGUGACUACGGCAGCUUCUCAUGUCUGCGCUCCACUCAUUGACGUUCGUUCUAGUUCUGACGCGGCUUCUUGGUAACUUAGAAAUGACAAUCAACGGCUUUCUCCUUUAUGCUCCUCUGCUCUGGGAACAUGCAAUGGACUCGUAUAGAUCUGUGUAUAAGUACUGGGCUCGGUCAUCUUUCAUUGGGUGUCAUUCGUAUCUGAUUACAGAGGUGAUCGUGUCGCUGCCACCUGUGCACCAUCAAGCAGCAUCAAGCCGGCGCUCGCUGAAGUAUUGGAGCCCUGCCUCGUGGAUUGUGUUCCGAUGGCAAACUUCAGCGAGCAUGAGACCGCGUUGAGGUUGAGCGCCUGAUGCCAAACACUGCGAGUGUUCCACUGCCGAACACCUCGAACUUUCAAGAUGUGACAUCUGGUUCCUGCCUGCUACCAGUGAAGCCAUCAUGGAUCGU